AUGGAGACCCUGAAUGAACUCCAGAACCCCCUUCUGGACAAGAAGAACCCAAGUGGCGUACAUAGCUAUGGUUACAAUGACAGCCACCCCAACCAUGGACAACCCAACAAUCUCAUUGGCUACUUUGUGACGGGUUGCGGGGGAAAGAACAGGGCUCAGCAGUUCCUUGAUGCUAGUUCACUACACGUUGCUAUGGAAGUGCUCUACACACCCAAUGUCCUGAUCUACAAAGAUGACACAGACAAUGUGAGCAGAAUCAACAGCACUGAUGAGACCACUUUAGCUGGACUGAGCGAGUCAGACAUGGACGUCUCCACAUCUGAGGAUCCCCAGAGUGAACAGAUGGAGAAGAUGGAUGUGAGCAUCCAAACAGUUUGCUGUGAGGUGGAGGAAGCAGAACUCUGUGAAUAUGAGACUGACAGCCCAAGCGAAAGUGAAAGUGAAGACCACUUCAUCACGCAGCCCCCUCAGGACCACCUCAGCCUGGCCAUCUUCUCCAUGCUCUGCUGCUUCUGGCCGCUGGGCGUGGCUGCCUUCUACUACUCUCAUAAGACUAGCAAAGCCAUCAGCACGGGAGAUUUCUCAAAGGCCAGCAUGACCUCUAGACGUGUGCUGUUCCUAGCCUCGUUAUCCAUCCUUCUGGGGGCUGGAUUUUACCUGGGGGGUACGAUUGCUCUCGUAGCCUACCUUUCACAUUCAGGACAUGCGUAG